AGAUAACAAACUGCGGUUUAUAUUUCAAAUACAAAAUACAAUAUUAUGAAACUAUAAAACAUUAAAUUUGUGAGGCGACAGAUAAAUUGUGAAAUAUUAACAUCCGGGUAGGAAAUUAUGUGGUUCAUGGAAAAUGGAUGAUUCUGAGAUUGCGGGUAUUCUUCUAGCUGCUGUAAUUGUUCUUGCAUUAAUAAUAACAGUUCUCUACAUCAUAAUUAGUUAUAGACUCUGGAAAAGAAGCCCAGAAGCAGAGCGGCGAAAUUUCUGUCUUAACAGAAUAUUCAGACAUAACAUGGAAAGUCGGGAAAGGAAGAAAGUCGACAAACAAAAUAAAAGAAAUCUUGACAUUGAAGUUAACGGAAGCGGAAGUGUAGAGGGCUGUGAUAAUAAAGUUUUUACGACUGCUGGGUAUAGUAACGUACAAGAUGACGUGGUCUUAAAUCCUGCAUCUGUGACUCUAGAAGUACCAAGGUCUCCAAUAAGAAAAUCAGCUGGAACUUACUCUGUUGUGGACCUUAACGAUGACGGUUGAAAUUUAUUUAUUGCAAUGUUUUGUAAUUUUAGAUCUAUAUGAAUACAACAAAAUAUGACUA